UCAGGAGUCUGGAGGGCACAUUGGGAAGCCCGGCAGAGCCUGCUCUUACACCGGCUCUGGAGUUCCCAGCCGCGCCGCCGCUGCCCCAGCCUCCCUCCCCUGGCGGGCGGUGCGGGGACAGGGAGCUGAGCGCCCCGGGGCGAGCACCUUCCGCAGCCGGUGGUAUAAGGAAAUGCUAGAUCUAGUGAUAUCACCCAGCCUGACAGUAAAUAGAGAGUGCCCCGAUAGACUGAAGCUUAACCUUUCUAACAUUUAUGCCACGGCUCCAGAUGACAUAGAAGGUAAGUCUAAGCAAAUUGCUCAUAGUGAAAUCAUUGUUGAAUCAGGUAACAGCAAAGCUGCAUCACAGUGUCCUCUCCAUCUCUGCUCCACAGAACAUCAUCCCCAUAUAGUGACAGUCCCAUCUUUUCCAACAAUGGCAACCUAUGGACAGACCCAGUACAGUGCAGGAAUCCAGCAAGCCGCUACUUACGCUGCGUACCCUCCACCAGGACAACCUUAUGGAAUACCCUCCUACAGCAUCAAAACAGAAGAUAGUCUGAGCCAUUCUCCAGGACAGAGUGGGUUUCUUAGCUAUGGAUCCACCUACAGUACCCCAACAACAGGACAAGCACCUUACACCUACCAGAUGCAUGGCACAUCAGGGAUUUACCAAGGAGCCAACGGCCUGACCAAUUCUGCAGGAUUCAGCACUGUGCAUCAGGAAUACUCGUCCUAUCCAAGCUUUCCUCAAAGCCAGUACUCUCAGUAUUACACCUCUUCCUACAAUUCUCCUUAUGUAUCAGCAAAUAGCAUCAGUCCAUCAGCCAUCCCGACAUCCACAUACUCUCUCCAAGAGUCUUCACACAACAUCACUAGUCAAAGCACAGAAUCACUGUCUGGGGAAUAUGCAACCACACCAGUAAAAGAUACAGAAACAGACAGGCAACACCGAGGGUCUGAUGGAAAGUUACGAGGCAGAUCAAAAAGAAGCAACGAUCCUUCCCCUACUGUUGACAAUGAGAUUGAGCGGGUGUUUGUGUGGGAUUUGGAUGAGACGAUAAUUAUUUUUCACUCCUUACUCACGGGAACCUUUGCCUCCAGAUACGGGAAGGACACCACCACGUCUGUGCGGAUAGGUCUUAUGAUGGAAGAAAUGAUCUUCAACCUUGCAGAUACACAUCUGUUCUUUAAUGACCUGGAGGAUUGUGACCAAAUACACAUAGACGACGUAUCAUCAGAUGACAAUGGACAAGAUCUAAGCACAUAUAACUUCUCAGCAGAUGGCUUUCACAGUUCAACUGCUGGUGCAAAUCUGUGUCUGGGCUCUGGAGUUCAUGGGGGAGUUGACUGGAUGAGGAAAUUAGCAUUCCGCUACCGUCGGGUGAAAGAGAUGUACAAUACCUACAAAAACAAUGUAGGAGGUUUAAUAGGAGCUCCUAAGAGGGAAACCUGGCUGCAGUUAAGAGCAGAACUGGAAGCUCUGACUGAUCUCUGGCUCACUCAUGCUCUCAAGGCUCUGAAUUUGAUACAUUCCCGGCCUAACUGUGUAAACGUGUUAGUCACCACAACUCAGCUCAUACCAGCCCUUGCUAAAGUGCUGCUAUAUGGACUGGGCACAGUCUUCCCCAUUGAAAACAUCUACAGUGCAACAAAGACAGGGAAAGAGAGCUGUUUUGAACGGAUAAUGCAGAGGUUUGGGAGGAAAGCCGUGUAUGUUGUAAUAGGAGAUGGUGUUGAAGAGGAACAGGGAGCAAAAAAGCACAACAUGCCAUUCUGGAGAAUCUCCUGUCACGCUGACCUGGAGGCUCUCAGGCACGCCCUGGAACUUGAGUACUUGUAGCAGACCCCAACGUCUCAGCGCUGGGCAAGCUUCACUCAGAGAGACAUCAGCUCAACCUAGUCUUUGGUAUUUUAUAUAACUGAUCCUACAACAAUUGCAGUCAUCUUUCUUCAAAGGGAACCCAUGGUAUGGAAGCCUUUAAGAAUCUGCAUCAGGAAAGCAAUGUAUCAAAUCCUUCUUCUAUUGGAUGGAGGGAAAAACCUUCAAAUCACCCAGUGGGGAUCCUACAGUUUUUUGGCUAAAAUGGAUUCUUAGAGCUGAUACUGGACUCUUGACUAUGUUAUUGCCAUGUGAAUGACUUUGAAGCACACAAAAGACUGGAAGUCCUGGGUCUACUUGUCAGUUUUCUUGCUUUGAAAUGGGGGAAAAGGACACAGCAUGGAAUUCUGGGCAUGCUCACUGGACUCUUCAUUACAUCAUGUGGGACUUUCUGAAAAUAAGAGUGAAAUAGUUGGGGGUUUUUGUAUUUUUUUUAAUUUAUGAACUAAUCUCAUUACUCUGGUAUUAAGCUCUGUAUCUGUGUUUUUAUCUUCUUUUGGGGAGGGGGAGGGCAGAGGGUCCUACAAUUCUAAUUUAAUAAUUCUUUUCUCCAUGAUAAACUCUGUGGACAAUCAUAUUGUGUACAUUAGUAUUGAGGACAUUUGGGACUGUUGGUAAGAAUUGUAGCUAUGAUUUUUAAACCUGAUCUAGAUGGUAUGUGGACUGUGCAUGUGUCUAAACGGUGCCUUAUGCUGCCAUCUUGUUUUCGGUGGGUGGGGAGAAGUAGCUUGUGAUGAAUGAAAGGCAUUAAAUAAAACUACGUUUACAUUUUGAGGGAAUAGAACACCUGCCUUCUCUUCUCUCCAUGCAUUGUUGGACCUAGCAGAUGUGUAGAAUUCUUGCUUUCCCUCUGAGCUAGAGAUGGAGUAGGAGA